AUGCGGUUUUGCCAUGUCCACCACGGGGAUGCUUGUGCUCAGCCUCCUUGGAUGCUCCAAAAUGACAGCAUUCCGCCGAAUUUUCGACUCAUCGACCUGCAAAAAAGAUGCGUUGUGAACUCGCCAGCCCAUCCCUCGUACUUCGCUCUCAGCUACGUUUGGGCCCCUUCCGAGAACGACCUCCGAGCUACUUCAGCAAAUAUAGAUGAUUUGAAGAAACCUUACAGCCUCACUCAGGAGGCACUGCCUCGAACAAUCUUUGAUGUCAUGCAACUCAUUCUUGGACUUGGUGGCAGGUAUCUCUGGGUGGACAGGCUUUGCAUUCUGCAGGAUGACGACAUGGACAAAUCGCUUCAGAUACCACGGAUGGAUUCUGUCUAUUCUCUCGCUGAACUGACUGUCAUUGCAGCCAGCGGUUCAGGUGCACACGAUGGGAUCGCAGGACUCUCGGUUCCGCGCAAAGUCCAUCAGGACGUUUGCCGUAUCUCGCCCACACUGGCCUUGGUCACUUUUCCCACCAAAAAUCUGUACGAGAGUUCCGUAUACAGCCACCGAGGUUGGACGCUGCAAGAGCGAGUGCUUUCUCGACGCUCACUAAUGUUCACCGAGGGUCAAGCAUCCUGGUCAUGCAUUUGUGCGGAUUGGACCGAAAGACUAUGCCUGGAGCCGGACAGGUCGGCCCAGGGAGCCAAUUCAUGGACGAUCUCGAGAAUCCACCUGGGAAGCUAUGAGCGUGUGCCUGCGGAGUAUUAUCGAGAUUUCACCCAGAACCACUACAGACAUCUCCCCCGAUUCUAUGCCUUGAAGGAAUUCUCGCACGAUUCUGAUGCCUUGGACGCUAUCAGUGGGCUUCUCCGCAGAAUCACCCAUGUGACCGGAGUCGAGUUCUCCUGGGGUCACCUACUGACCACCUCGUUCGAUCAAUCCUUGAGCUGGAGAAAAACUACGAUGGAGAUUAAACGGAGAGAUGCAAUGUGUCCCCUUCGCUCUUCUGGCAGCUCUUAUUCCGUGCAUUUUCCAAGCUGGUCCUGGCUUGGUUGGAAGGCGUCCAUCAAAGAUGUGAUGCCCUCGACGGACACAGCUCUGAAGCCAGAGAUCGACUUCUUUCGUUUAGACAUCGACGGGAAGAUCCAGCGUCUCAUACCGCCUGUGGCUGGCGGCGGAAACAAGGCAGUUGACCAAUCUGCAUCUCUGCCCGAUGAGGCCUGCAACGGCUGGAAAGGUGAAAUCAAAGUCGAAGUAGACCGUCACAACAAAGACCAGCCUUUCAGAGACAGCGGGAAGCUGCUCUUCUGGACAAGUCAUGCCGAGCUCUCGAUCCAAGCCGAGGAAAGAGUUCGUCUCGGCUGUGUACGCCUAAAGAUCUGUUCACCUGUAGGGCAAACCGUGGGACACAUCACGGAGUUGACGUCGGCUUGCGACCACGGAAGGGCCUGGCCAUUCAUCGAAUACGACCAGUCGGCGCUACAAUCGUUCGUUGUCAUAUCUCGCAAAUAUGACCGAGCAAUCGGACACCCUUCGGGGACGCUAUCGGCAACAGGAACACUGAGGGUGAUGUGGAUUAAAUAG